AUGUGGGUCUGUUUGCGAACAAUCUCGACCUUCUUGACGCUCGGGGCGGUCUCCGUAUUCGCUGUGCCGAGAGAUAUCGAGAAUGAACUUGCAGAGUCGGAUUACACUGCUGUAUGCAAGACCAUCCAAAGCGCUGUUUCAAACUCUACCGGAGUCUACUACUUUCUCCACCCUCUAUAUAUCAAAGGAAACAGUCAUUGGGCCUCAUCUAGCAGUCAGAAUUCAGCAUGUGUCGUAGAGCCUGGUAAUCGGAACGACAUUUCCACUAUCCUGAAGAUCAUUGCCAAUACAUCAACUCCGUUCGGUGUCCGUUCUGGUGGACACGCUACGAACCCAGGGUUUUCCUCUACUCCCGGGGUUCAAAUAGCCCUGUUCAAGUUUAGCGAGGUCACAUAUCACCCGGCCCCUGCUGUAGCUGACGGCUCAGUUGGAACAGUCGAUAUUGGCGCAGGAUUGGUUUGGGAUUCAGUCUAUGCCGCUCUUGAACCGCACGGAGUUAAUGUCGUGGGUGGAAGAGUUACUGGAGUAGGCGUAGGGGGAUUUACCCUCGGCGGAGGCUAUAGCUGGCUCAGCAAUCAAUAUGGACUCACUAUUGAUACGGUGACGGCCUUUGAACUGGUUCUUCCCAACGGGACUCUCACUACUGCGACGGAAACAAAGAACCCGGAUCUUUUCUUUGGGCUCAAGGGCGGCUUCAAUAACUUCGGUAUUGUCACCAAGUUCACACUUCUCGCGUUUCCACAAGGCCAGGUUUGGGGCGGACUACAGACGUUCACCGCCAGUAACCUGGACAAAGUCAACAAGGCAACUGCCGACUUUGUCGCGAAUGUAACCGACCCCAAGGCAGGCAUUAUCACGACCUACAACUUCUUACUUGGUCAGCCAGGGGUCUCAUUGCUAAUGUUUUACGAUGGCCCGACGCCGCCAGCUGGAUUGUUUGACCGAUUUACUUCAAUCCCUCAUUUCACUUCGGACGUGUCUACUCGUAGCUUCCUCAGCCUGGUAGGGGUCAGCCCGUCGGAUGCCACAUAUGGUUUCAGGUUUGGAUUUUUCAUCUCAUAUGAUGUAGAGCCGUUUUUGCCAUCAAUGACUAAGCGAAGCAAGGGAGGCGCAUACCCUCACGACGACUUUCUCGCUCCCCUCAACCUGUACUAUGCCUGGGUAGGGGAGGAACAUGAUGAGUGGUAUCAAGAAGCCCUCGAAGAAAGCACUCGAUCCAUUCGCGAACAAGCAAUUGCCGAGGGUCAAGAUAUUGGGGGAUCGAAACAGAUCAAGUAUGGAAAUUAUGCUUCAGCAACUGAGGAUCUUACCUCGCAAGUGUCUUUCCUUAUGCAUUGCAUCAUGUCCGACAUUCAAUUGCCUUGGAUAGCAUAUAUGGCCCUAAUUUGGAAAGAUUGA